CUAGAUCUAGAUUAGAUCUUUUAUAGAAUGAGCACUUAAAGUCACUAACUAAAAGAGCUGACGGAUAGAAAUCUAUAUUUAAAACCUUGUCCAAGAUAACAUAAUCGCAGGACUAGAAUAUUUUUCACAAUGUCUAAAAAGUUAGACAAAUUCAGAAGAAAAAAGAGGGGGCAUUUACCAAAAGAUAGCCCUUUUCCCAUACCAUUGUGUUCUAGUACGGCUGACAAAGAUUGCAGGCAGUGGUAUUAUUAUACAGGCUAUAUUGAUGGCUCCUCAGUUGUCAUUACACAUUCAGGUGACAUGGAUUUUAUUUACAAGAAGGGCUUUUUUGGUAAAGGGACCUUGUCUCGUAGUUUAGCCAACUUCUGUGACCGGAAGCAAAAAGUAGAUGUCCAGUUACCUAUGACCAAAGACUUCAAAGUGUCCUGUAUACGACCUAUGGUUAUGAACAAAAGGACGUACUUGGUUCACAAAAAAUACAAAGCUUUAGCCUCUGGCAGAACGAAAGAGUACAAUGAUAUUUUGGUACAUGAAGAACGACAACAGUUUCAUUCUGAUUCAAGUAUUGAUGAAGAUAAUAGUGAUGAUAAUAUUGUUAAUUACCAGGAUGCUGCUAAAGAGGAAGCUUUUUGUCUGUUAAAUUCAUCAGAAUCAAACAUUCCUCAAUCAGUUGUUCCUAAAUUAUCAGCUUUGACAAAAUCAUAUUUGUUAGCAAUUCUUGGCCAAGUUUCAGUGCUGUCUAAGGAGCAAAUCACCACUUUUGUUCGAGUGUCAUCUGAUAUGAAUCAGUUAAAGUCUAAGUUUACUCAAUUUAGGGAAAAAGAAAUUAAUUUACUUGAAAAAAUGUAUGCAGUGAAAUAUCCUGGCCAGUUUUUCCAUAAGGGGGAAAUAAUAAAUUUAGAAGAAGAAGAAGAAAUUGAGUCACCUAUUGGUAAGAAGGAAAAAAAGGAGAAGUUAAAUGAAACAGUGGUGAUUCUUGAUAGUGAUGAGGAAGAUGAUGAUGAAAUGAAAGACUCACAAAAUGUUAAUACAGAAGAGAAUGUUGAAAAAAGUAAGAAUGAGGAAAAAGGUUGGAAUGAUUAUGAUGAGGGAGAUGAAACAUUUUGGGGGUCAAAGAAUGAUAACAAACCACCAUUGAACACUAACGUAACUAGUAGUGAUGAGAACUUGUCAAAAGAAGAAAGCACAGUUAAGGUAGAUACACUUUCAGAGCAUACAGACAUACAGAGUUCUGGGUCUCUUGAUGUAGAGCUGGCUGAAAAAAAACAAAAGGAUUCAGAUGGUGAAAAACUGAAAGAGGAGACUAGCUUAGAUAGACAGGGUUCAGAUGGUGAAAAACUGAAAGAGGUGACUAGCUUAUUAGAUAGACAGGAUUCAGAUGGUGAAAAACUGAAGGAGGAGACUAGCUUAGAUAGGCAGGGUUCAGAUGGUGAAAAACUGAAAGAGGUGACUAGCUUAGAUAGACAGGUUUCAGAUGGUGAAAAACUGAAGGAGGAGACUAGCUUAGAUAGACAGGGUUCAGAUUCAGAUGGUGAAAAACUGAAGGAGGUGACUAGCAUAGAUAGACAGGGUUCAGAUGGUGAAAAACUGAAAGAGGAGACUAGCUUAGAUAGACUGGAUUCAGAUGGUGAAAAACUGAAGGAGGUGACUAGCUUAGAUAGACAGGUUUCAGAUGGUGAAAAACUGAAAGAGGACACUAGCAUAGACAGACAAGGUUCAGAUUCAGAUGGUGAAAAACUGAAGGAGGUGACUAGCAUAGAUAGACAGGGUUCAGAUUCAGAUGGUGAAAAACUGAAAGAGGAGACUAGCUUAGAUAGACAGGGUUCAGAUGGUGAAAAACUGAAAGAGGUGACUAGCAUAGAUAGACAGGGUUCAGAUUCAGAUGGUGAAAAACUGAAGGAGUCACAAUUUGGUAGCAAGAGUUUAACAGAGACAGAUGAGAAAGGAAAUCCCUCUGGCAACACUGUCAGCUUGUCUUUAGAUAAAGAUAUGAUUACUAAUUAUUUUUCUGCUCAGGCUGAUACUGAGAAAAAUACAGAGGAGAUAGAGUCUGACAAGCCAAGAACAAUUUUCUUAGACCUGGAAACAAGUAAGAUUAAAACAGCUGAACCUUCUAGUCAAAACAAAGCACAAAACAUAACUGUUUUAGAAGAAGAUGAAAACAGUUGUACAGCUCAUGAGAGCUCUAAUUGCAGUGAUGAUGUAAUAUGCAUUGAAUCAAAGUCUAUAGAUGGUGAAAAAUGUAAGCAACUUUUACUUAAUUCGAACAAGUUAAAGAAAAAAAAUCCUGUUGUAACUAAAUCAGUUAUUUUUAUGAGCAAUAAUUAUAAAGAACCAACAUAUGUUUCUGCUAAAGUUGGCUUUCAUUCCUGGAAACAAGUUCUUCAUUUUAAUUUUACUGGUGACCAAACUCACUUGCCCACCUCAAUGUGUGUGGCAUUUGAUAAAAGUCAGUCUGGAACUUGUAGCAAGCUAGAGCCAUCUCAGGUUGUCUAUGAGCGCUUGUAUCCACCGAUUACUUCCCUGAUACCUAACUCAAAAUCCAAAGGUGCAGUCAUGAAACAAAGACUUUCUGCGCUGCCGAAGCUGGGUGAAGCAUACAGCAAUGUCAGAUCAAAAAUGUCUCAAACUUUCAGACACAUUUUGUCAAAUGUUAAGCAACCUCAAGUGAUCCCACAUAACAAGUCUUCAGCGCAUCAGCAGGCAGCCAGUAGUACCAGGCAUAAAGAAAUUUCAGUCAGUUCCACAGCAUCUGCAUUCAAAAACUCCCCCACAGUAGACCUCUCUUAUUUAUCAGAGUAUCUGAACAUUUAUAAAAAACAUAUUUUUUUGGGUGAUGAAGCUAGUAUCAAAACUGAAAAGGAUAGAAAAUCAGAUGGCUGUAGUUCAGAGAUAAAUCCACAUUCUUCAGGCAACUCAGAUUCAAUUGCAGAAAUGGUCAAGUCUCUUCAAUUAGUGUUUACUUCCAGCAUAGAGUCAUCACAUCACAAAAAUCUAAGUAGUCUAAGUCUUAAAUUGAACAAAAUAUUGUCAAAGCUUUUUGUUCAUCUAUCACCACAAACUGAACAUGAAUUAUUGUGUCUCUUAUUGUUGAAAAAGGAGAGCUCAUCUCAUAUUACCAAAGAAAACAUUGCUGAAGCUGUAAACACUUUAAGUUCCUUCAAUUUAAAUAUACUUGACAUCCGUUAUCAGUAUUUAACUGGUCAGUUACAAGACCAAGAGACAAGAAUCAGAGAGGAUCCAAAUAUAUUGGGAAACCAAAACAAAUGUGAAAUUAAGUCUGGAAAUGUUGAGAACAACCAAGAUGGGGUGCAAGCUAAUGACAAAAGUGGAACAUCCAAGCGCAAAAAGAGUUUAGACAUUAAUCAAGGACUUGACAGAAAAAAAGCUAAAACUGAUUUGUCAAUUGUAAACAUUGAAUGUAAAGAUACUGUUGACAGCCCUACUGAUAUUGACAAGUCAGGACAUCCCAGUCCUAGUGAUAUUGACAUGACAACAAACAAGGAAGUGAGUUUAAGCAAAACUAAUGUUGGAGAAGUAAUUGCACCACAUGCUAAUGUUAGCAAAAGUAGUGUGGAUAAUUUGAUGGAUGCUCAGGUGGACUCAAGUAAUGAAGAUAAUUUGAUGGAUGCUCAGGUUGAUGCCAGUAAUGAAGAUAAUUUGAUGGAUGCUCAAGUGGAUGCAAGUAAUGAAGAUAGUUUGAUGGAUGCUGAUGUUGAUAAAAACAAAGAUAGUUUGAUGGAUGCUGAAAUUAAAAAAAAAGGUGAAGAUAGUUUGGUUAACACAGCUGAUGAUAACCAAUUAAGAGAAUCAGCAAUGAUUGUCUCUAGUCCAUUAAGUGAAAGAGGGAAACAUGAGCAGCUAACAGCCAGUGUAGAGAAGGGAGUCAGCUCUGAGACUGUGGUAGCUGGCAGCAGUGAAGAUAACCAGAUCUGUAUAGAGAGUAGCUCUGAAGAUGACUGUGAUAGGGUUCAGUCAUCCAAGUCAUAUACCUAUUCUGGUGAGAAGCAGGUCCAUCCAUUUAGUAGAUCUGAUGAUGAAGACUGUGACACAUUUGUACAUGACAAUACAUCAGAUGACAGUUUGGAUGAAUUCAGUGAAAACUUAAGUAAAUCAUUGAAAAAAACAAAAUGGCGGCCAUGUUUAAAAAAAGAUCCUUAUCCUACUGAAGAAGUCAUUCAUCUAAUGCUGGAAGAGGCUUAUUUCUUGUCUUAUGGUCUAGGGUGUUUAAGAGUCAUUGACCCAGAACAGAAAGUAUUAAGUCUAACUCAGAUGUGGCAGCAAUUUCAAGUCCUGAAAGAGAACUUUGUACCAAAUUAUGUUGCUUAUCAUUACUUUCGGAGCAAGGGCUGGGUACCUAAGUCAGGGCUGAAGUUUGGAUGUGAUCUAGUUCUUUACAAAGAAGGACCUCCUUAUUUCCAUGGCAGUUAUGCUGUGAAUAUAAUCGCAGUUACAGACAAUACAUUGUUGCCAUGUGACAGGGGGGAUGGCUGCAACUUUGACCAAAGACAACCCAGCUGGAUCUCUUUAGCGGCACAAAACAGGAUAACGGAACAUGUGGCAAAGGAAUUGUUGCUGUGCUAUGUUGUGUGGCCUGCGUACCUCAACAAAGAAGAACUUCUUAGCCCUACUUGUAUCUCCAAAUUUAAAGUUAAGGAAGUUCUUGUUUCCAGGUGGAUGGCCACACAAGAAAGAGAAAGUAAAGAAGAAAUUCCUUAAGGAAGUGAUUAAAUAGUGGUGCUAGCUAAAUGUCCCUGGCUAAUUUCAUUUAGUGAUUUGAUGAAAACAGAGUUACCUCAACUUAAAAGUUUUUGUUUGGGUGAAAAAAGAUUUCUGUGAAACGACCUAUUUUUAAUCCAAAUCCAAACCAACAGUGUUAUGAGAUAAUAAAUGGCUUCAAAUGUUAUUUCUAUGUUACUUUCCAGCAAUUGAGCUAGCCAACACUGACAAAAUAGUUGACAUUUAGCAAUGCUACAUUUUUUUCUAGGCUCAUUGUAUAUGCAGUAAACCACAGUGAGGUCAAAUUUAAGCACAACAGAUUUUAUGUUCCAGAAAUAUUUGUUGAAUAGAAAUGUUUUGAAAUGGGGAAUCAGUGUAGUAACCUCUAGUUUAUUUUAGAGAUUGAAAACCUCUAGUGGCUAGAGUUUGCAUAUUUUAACAUGUUUGUUGAUGGUUGGUUGUAGUUUAUGCCUGUUAUUGUAUGAUAACAUUGGUGUAGACUUUUAAUUACAUGGUUUUUGUACAUCUGUAAUUAUAUGAUAAUAUAGAUGUAGGCCUGUAAUUGUAUAUUGUUGAUACAGGCCUGUAAGUGUAAUUGUAUACCAUUGAUACAGGCAUGUCACGUCAGUCAUUACUGAAGAGCUUUACUGUCAAUAUCUAGAGAUGACAUGUUCUGGUAUGAAUCAUCUGUUCUUUAUCAUAAUAAGUAGCAGGGAACAUUUCUUUGGCUCAUUUUUGCUCCCUUUUUAAAAACAAGAACUAUUUUCGAUUUGUAUGGAUUAAAAUAUCUCUUUAAAAUCAUUAAUAAAUUUGUUGGUUUUUUUUCAUUGAUACACUCUCAAUGGUGUUUCAUCUUGUACAUGAUAACAGUGAUAAUUUCCAGACAUUUUAUUUUAUGUCUCUAUUUUUCUUUAUAAAUAAUACCUCAUAAAAUUGAAAUGAGGCUUAAUAGACAGCAUGUCUAAUGUAACAAAACCCUUUUGUAAGAUUAAUAUUUUUAAAAAUGACUAAACUUCUACUAACUGGUUAUUUUUCACCAGACAUCUUAAGGAAUACAUAUUC